GCCGCCUAGCGCUCGCCGUGAAGGGAGCCCCGUGCCGCAGCCGUGUUCCGUCUUUCGCAUCCGACGCGAGUGCAACUUCAAGCACGUGAUUUUCGGCGUCCGAAAUCGCCGGGUUUUCAAGUGUUUAUAGUGCCGUUCGGAGGGUCAGUUGCUCGCUCUAGCCCGACCCAGCCUACAAUUUGCAGCUGGUUCGGAUUACCCGAUAGAUUGUGUGUGUCAUUAAUCUCAACGUACUCGAGUUAUCUGUUUCGCAGUUGGGCUCGCGAAUCGCAGAGCCGCCUGCUUGAACGUCUCGAGAAUUCCAAGCCGGUGUCACAAUUGUAUUCCCUAGUGUGACAAUCAGCGAGCUUUCCAGUGUUAAAAUUCCGCUCCACCGUCGAUUGCAGCAGUGAAUUCUUUCGGGAGUUCCUAUACCAAGUGCGGGUGCAGUAUUGCGGAAAUUGUGUCCUCAGUGUUGGAUACGAAAAAGUGUCGCCUUUUUGUGGAUUACCAGGAGCCCGCGCGUUUGUGCUUUCCCGGAGUUUCAUAAGGAGGUGACAGGAGUUACAAGCCGGAGUUACCGAAUUUUCGUUCAAAUUACGUCCAGCUUACCGGAGUUACGUCUGACGGUACAAAAGUUGAAUCAGGCUCCAUCGGAGUUACAUUUACGUCUACCGGAACUACUUCAUAUUCCUACGGAACGCUAUAAGUUCGCGUGUGUGAUCUUCCGAAGUUUCUUAACGAAGUGACGGGAGAUAACAGGAGUUAUCAAAUUUUCAACUGUUUUGACCGGAAUUACAAUUUGCUUGACAAGAGACACGUCUGAUUUUACCGGAGUUACUUCUGACUGUACCGGAGUUACGUCCAUCUGUACCGGAGUUACGUCCAUCUGCACCGGAGUUACGUGUGCCGGUACCGGAGUUACUUCUGGCGUUACCGGAGUUACUUCUGACUGUACCGGAGUUAAGUCCAUCUAUACCGGAGUUACGUCCAUCUAUACCGGAGUCACGUGUGCCGAUACCGGAGUUACUUCUGGCGUUACAGGAGUUGCUUCUAACUGUACCGGAGUUAAGUCCAUCUAUACCGGAGUUACGUCCAUCUAUACCGGAGUCACGUGUACCGAUACCGGAGUUACUUCUGGCGUUACCGGAGUUACAUCUGGUAGUACCGGAGUUAAGUGUGCCUUGACCGGAGUUACCAUAUCCCUUAGUUACCGACCCAAGUGUCCUUUUCCUCGGAAUCGAAAUCUAUUCUAAGUUGAGUGGGUUUUUCGGAUCGCGAGUGAGUGUUAUGAAGUCGGGCGGCGUCGUUUGAAUGUCGCCUUACAGCAGGGAGCGGGUGUCGGUGAUCGCCCCGCGGGGGCCGUCCCUCGUCGUCAUCCCGGAGAAGAUCCCUUCGUGCCCGACCCCGAUCUCGCCGACGGGCGAGCUCCCCGGCGACAACCGCGAUGGCGCCCUCGCCCUCCUCUCCAGCAUCAGGAAGUUUAUCAUCAGCAGGUUCGCCAAGAUCGGACAGCGCUCAGUCGGAAAACCAGGGGUGCUGGAGAUGGCGGCAGCCACCGAGAGCACAAUCCGAUUCAGCGGGCACACGCUCGAUAAAGCGACGAAAGCUAAAGUCAUGUUAGAAAAUUAUUAUAGUAAUCUCCUAGUUCAACACAUUGAGCGCAAACAAAGGUUAGCAAAAUUAGAAGAAACUCUGCGAGAUGACAGUUUAUCGGAGCAGCAGAAACAAGAAAAACGUAUGCAACAUGCGCAAAAAGAAACGGAGUUCCUAAGGCUGAAAAGGUCCAGGCUAGGAGUCGAAGACUUCGAACCCUUGAAAGUCAUCGGUCGAGGAGCUUUUGGAGAAGUUAGGUUGGUGCAGAAAAAAGAUACUGGUCACGUGUAUGCAAUGAAAAUUCUACGGAAAGCAGACAUGUUAGAAAAGGAACAAGUUGCACACGUCCGUGCAGAACGAGAUAUUCUAGUCGAAGCUGAUCAUCAGUGGGUUGUUAAAAUGUAUUACAGUUUCCAGGAUCCAAUAAACCUGUACCUGAUAAUGGAGUUCCUGCCUGGUGGUGAUAUGAUGACCCUUUUGAUGAAAAAGGACACUUUGAGUGAAGAAUGUACACAGUUUUACAUAGCUGAGACAGCACUUGCAAUAGAUUCUAUACAUAAACUUGGUUUUAUUCACAGGGAUAUUAAACCAGACAAUUUACUAUUAGAUGCUCGAGGACAUAUUAAGUUAUCAGAUUUUGGGCUGUGUACGGGUUUGAAAAAAUCUCACCGGACAGACUUUUAUAGAGAUCUCAGUCAAGCUAAACCAUCGGAUUUCAGUAAGUUUCUUCUUAAUCCGUCAAGUCCAAUGGAUAGUAAACGUAGAGCUGAAAGUUGGAAAAAAAAUAGACGAGCUUUGGCGUACAGUACUGUUGGCACGCCCGAUUAUAUUGCCCCUGAAGUGUUCCUACAAACUGGAUAUGGUCCAGCCUGUGAUUGGUGGAGUCUUGGAGUUGUUAUGUAUGAAAUGCUAAUAGGUUACCCCCCGUUUUGUAGUGAAAAUCCUCAAGAAGCCUACAGGAAAGUCAUGAACUGGCGAGAAACACUAUCAUUCCCACCUGAAGUACCUAUAAGCGAAGAGGCAAGAGAAACGAUUUUAAGGUUUUGUUCCGAAAGCGACCGAAGACUAGGAUCAUCGAGAGGGAUAGAAGAACUGAAGCAAAACAAUGCAUGUCCAUUUUUCCGAGGAGUCGAUUGGGAUCAUAUCCGAGAGAGACCUGCGGCUAUCCCCGUUCAAGUCAGAUCUAUCGAUGACACGUCUAACUUCGAUGAAUUCCCAGAUGUGAAAUUAGAAAUUCCUGCUGCGCCUUUGAACCAAGAAGGUGAAGUUAUCUACAAAGACUGGGUAUUCAUAAACUAUACAUUUAAAAGGUUCGAGGGUCUGACGCAGCGAGGGACUCCAACAAAGAAAUAAUUUCAGGAACCUCUUAAAAUUGCAUAAUAACAACCACCACUGCCUGACACUAUUUCUUUCACUGAGCAGGAUAACUAAUAUAGACUUCUAUUUUUGUUUCGCUAGGGAAAAACACAAAUUUAUAAAAAAUGGCAAUUGAAUAAAAAAUGAAUCAUCGCAUUAUUUUGUUAAUAUAAUAAGAGAAUGUGGAAAAGUAUAUUUAUGAUUCUUGAAAAUUAGUCACUAAUCCUGGGAACGUGAUGGUAUCCGAACAGGAAAAAGAAUCAUAGAUUUUAUACAUUUUUUCUUCUCUUGAGUUGUUCUGUUCUAUUUUGUUUUUGUUUUCUAUUUUGCUUCGUUCUGUCUGUGUUUCUUUUUCUCUCACAACUUGUUUCAAUGCAGAGUUCCAAUCCCCCUCUUUUCAUAUCUCAUCCAUUGUACAUUAUCGUCGUAUCUCAUUGCGUAUCAAGACUACUCAAAAUUUUUUUAGAAUCGAUUUAUUUUUUAAAAGAAAAAUAUGUACACAUAAAUUUAUAUUUUUUAGCGCCUGUAACAAAAUAUUAAGAUAUUUUUCUAGCUGUGAAACAAUUAUCAGAAUUGAAAGCUUUACUCAUGCUAAGUAGUUAUUCUUUUUCAAUUACAUCUUCUUUUAUUUUCAUCGGCAAACAUUCGUCUCUCUGAAUUUUCAUCAUUUUCUUGGUUAGUCAAACUUAACCACUUUUAGUUGAAAUCAAUGUCCUCACCUUCUUGAUCCAAGUUUUACUUCUGCCGUCUUAUAUCAAUCAUAGUUGUUCAAUCAAUUUUAGAAUUUCACUCAAUUUUAAACAUAUCACAACAUGGCAAAAGUGUAGGAUUUAAUCUUGGACUUCCAAGCAUUUAAAGGAACAGUUCUCUGUCAUAAAAUUUCCUUUCAGUGUGUCAUGAAAUUACUCAGAAGUAAGUUAGGAAGUCUUCCUUUGUUCGGAACUCCUGUUUCUUUUUUACCAAGAAUCGAUAAGCUCAUGUAGCACCAACAGGAAGGGGACUAAAUAUAUGUUCAGCCAGUAUUUCUGUAUUUAUCCUUGCACCCAUCAUUAAUAAAAUAGGUUACCUCCUUAGUUGAUUGCACCUUACAGAGGAAACAUUUUUGCAUUAUCGCUCUUUUAGUGUUGAGCACGCCUGAUGUUACAAUUUUUAACAAUAUUCAACUCUCUUUUUGAAGAUCUGAUUUAUUUUAAGAGGCAAUGGUAUGCAGUUGGCUUAGUCUGUUAAUUCAGUCUUAGUUUUCAUCUGUUAAAUGCAAGAGCAAAUAAACCCUCUGUUCAAAUAAAUAUCCUUAGAAAAAAAUAUUUCUUUCGCUUGUCACAGCAAAGUUUUUGAAUAGACUUUCACUCCAUUACAUUUACCUAUAUCUUCCAAUAUUUAUGAACUCACUUUAUCAAGCUUUUUGCCCAUAUUCUACUUCCCUUGCUUUGGCCACGUUGUUGAGGUUUCAAGGCAGCAAGUUUUUUCUUAUUUUUCUAUUUGUAAUAACCUAAAUUUUCAAUAGGUAUGUAUUGCUAGCCGAAACGGUCCUUUUUAGUGUGCCUACAGACUUAGUUUUUCAAUCCAUCAGCUUGUUAUUCUAUUCUUCUCGAUUAAAUAACUUAUUUUCUAACCGCACAAAAACUGCAAGAGGUUCGUUCUCAUGCUUUCUUGGAGAACUUGAGACUCUUCAUUUUAGAUGUUUCUUGAAAGUAGAAAAAAUUGUUAGAAAACAAACGGAAGAAGGAUCCAUGAGGAGAGAGCUGCCUGUUUGAUUUUGUAGUGGACUUACGCCACUAUUAUCCAUGUAAUUUCUGAAUCAGUUCAAGUAUGUUUGUACUAUUUUCUUUUUAUGACAAGUUAGUCAGCAGUAUGUGUGAUUACUUUGAACUGUUGGACCUGGGUGUCUGCUGGACUGGAAAGUAAGAGUAUGUGUCAAUUUAAAUGAAUGAAUUACAUUUUUUCUCCCUCUUCUUGAAGUGCAAAAAGUACGAAACAUAUGUGUUUGUUAUUUCGUAACAGGUCGUCGUGAAAAUAUAAUUUUCAGGGCCUGAUGUACAAUAUUUAUGUGGUCUCUUUUUCCGUCUUUUAGAAUAGCUUUGCUUUUUUUAAAAAAAAUAUGUAUCCUAUCUUAAUUUUCCCUAGGAACUCUGCAUAACUCUUAAUCUUGUUGUCAAUGAAUUUCCUCCGCUUGGGAUCAGUUCUUUUGUUUCUUGUGACAAAAACCUUUAUUAGUCUCCCAUUUUCUUUUCAAUUUUCUGCUGGACUAUGUUGUCAACUGGAAAAAAGAACUUCAAAACUGUUACUGAAAACCUUAAAAAUGUUUUUGCAUUUAAGAAUCCCGUACCCCGUUUUAGAUGUCUCAUCUAAGUUUGUUGUCUAUUUAUAUCACUUGGUUUUCUUAUUGAUUUCAUCUUUUCGGUGUCCCUAAAGCUCCUCACUUAAUUUCAAAUUCCAUCAUGUACCAUGUAAUUAAAUAUUGUAAAAAAUUUUUCCUUUCCUGUCUCCUUGUUUCGUGUUCACCGUAUCAUGAUUGAAUGUAGAAACUCUAAUUUACUUGUCCUUUGGUAAUGUGGUAAUAGGAUUUUACGCUGAAUGACUUGUUGUGAUCAAUUGAUUCUGGAAAAUCUCAAAAAAACCUCUUUUAAUUUAUUUUAAUUACGUUUUGAAUUAAUAACAUUCAAUUUUAUUUGUUUUAUCUAGGAAAUAUCUCAUUGUAUGUAGAAUCAUUAUUCACGUGUAUAAAUAUUAAUGCUACUGGCAAUUAUUGUUGAAAAUAAUGAUAGUGAUUAAUUUAAUUCUCUUUUUUUAUCAUUUAGUAUUGUUUGUUUAUGAAAUGAAUGAAUAAAGAAAUAAUUCAAAAUUGAAAACUUAUGUUCAAUGCUAUUUGUCUCAACUCUCAGGCCAUACAAUGGAACAGCGUGAGAAAAACUUGGAAUGGUUUCAUCAUGUUAUGGUGAUCCUCUAUGUUCAAUUAAAAGGAUUUUGAUAAUUGCUUAA